AGGGCAGCGGAACGGGCCGGGCCGCGCCGGGCCGGGCGGGCGCUGCUGCUGCCCUCCCUCGGCACGGGGCCGAGCCGGGCCGAGCCGAGCCCAACCGGGCCGGGCUGCGCUGAGCAGAGCUGAGGAGCCCGACAGAACCGAGCCGGGACGAGCAGAGCCGAGUGGGGCCGAAUUGAGCCGAGGAGUCGAAUCGAGCGCAGCCGAACCGAGCCGAGUGGGGCCGAACUGAGCUGAGCAGAGCCGAGGAGCCGAACCGAGUCGGACCGAGCUCAGCCGAGUGAGGCCGGACAGAGCCGAACCGAUCCGAGCGCAGCCGAACGGGGCUGAACCGCGCCGAGGGGCCGAACCGAGCCGGGCCGACAACAGCCGAGUGAGCCCGAACCGACCCGAGCGCGGCCGAACGGGGCUGAACCGGGCCGAGAGCAGCCGAGCGGGGCCGAGCAGACCCGAGCGGAGCCGAACGGGGCUGAACGGCGCCGAGGGGCCGAACCGAGCCGGGCCGAGCGCAGCCGAGCGAGGCCGAGCAGACCCGAAUCACUUCGUCUCCUCGCCGUUCCCCACGGGGUGACCCCUGUGGCCGCCAGCCCCGCGUGUCACCAUGGCGUCCCGCAUCGGGCUGCGGAUGGAGCUGAUGAAGCAGCAGGCGCAGCAGGAAGCCGAGCGGGAGCGGGUGCAGCAGCAGAUGAUGAUGAGCUACAUGCAGCAGCAGCGCAUGCCUGUGGCCUCCAGCCCCGCCAUCAACACCCCCGUCCACUUCCAGUCCCCACCUCCCGUGCCCGGAGAGGUCCUCAAGGUCCAGUCGUACCUGGAGAACCCCACCACCUACCACCUGCAGAAGUCUCGGGACAAGAAGGUGCAGGCUUAUCUCUCGGAAACCUACGGGAACAAGUUCGCUGCCCACGUCAGCCCCGCCAGCCACUCUCCCAAGCCACCCCCGGCCGCGUCCCCCGGCGUCCGGCCCGGCCAUGUCCUGUCCUCCUCGGCAGGCAACAGCGCUCCCAACAGCCCCAUGGCCAUGCUCAACAUCGGCUCCAACCCCGAGCGGGAGUUUGAUGAGGUCAUCGAUGACAUCAUGCGCCUGGAUGAUGUUUUGGGUUACAUGAACCCUGAAGUGCACAUGCCCAACACGCUGCCCAUGUCCAGCAGUCACAUGAAUGUCUACAGUGGGGACCCGCAGGUGACAGCGUCACUCGUUGGUGUCACCAGCAGCUCCUGCCCCGCCGACCUCACCCAGAAGAGAGAACUCACAGAUGCCGAGAGCCGAGCCCUGGCCAAAGAGCGCCAGAAGAAAGACAAUCACAACCUGAUCGAGCGGCGGCGAAGGUUCAACAUCAACGACCGCAUCAAGGAGCUGGGAAUGCUGAUCCCCAAAGCCAACGACCUGGACGUGCGCUGGAACAAAGGGACAAUCCUGAAGGCGUCCGUGGACUACAUCAAGAGGAUGCAGAAGGACCUGCAGAGGUCCCGGGACCUGGAGAAUCACUCGAGGCGCCUGGAGAUGGCCAACAAGCAGCUGCUGCUCCGCAUCCAGGAGCUGGAGAUGCAGGCACGCGUCCACGGGCUGCCCACCUCCUCUCCCUCGGGCGUCAACGUGGCCGAGCUGGCUCAGCAGGUGGUCAAGCAAGAAGCCAGCGGGGACGAGGGGACCCUGGAGCCGCUGCUGCCACCCCCAGACCCCGAAUCGCAGCCGCAGCCGGCGCUGCCCGCGCCGCCCCAGUCUCCCUUUCACCAGCUGGACUUUACCCACAGCCUGAGCUUCGAUGACAGCUCCUUCCCGGACAGCCUGGAGCCCGGGCACAGCACUUCCUUCCCAUCCCUAUCCAAGAAGGAGCUGGACUUGAUGCUGAUGCAGGACACGAUGCUGCCCCUGGCCUCUGACCCCUUGUUCUCAGCCAUGUCCCCCGAGGCCUCCAAGGCCAGCAGUCGCCGCAGCAGCUUCAGCAUGGAGGACGCGGACAUGCUGUGAUGGGCAGCUGCCAGGGCAGGGAUUGCAGCACCAGCUUUGGGUGGGCAAGUCCCAGGACGCUCCUGGCAGGAGGAACCCAUCCCACCAUGCACUUGAACCUUCCCAGGAGUACCUUUGUCUAUGCAACGGGGCUCGGGUCGGGUGCCACCGUGUCUUUCGCAGCUUCUUUUUUGCCAGGAGGAGAAUGGACCUGCCUGGCUUUGCCGUGGCCCUGGCCUGGCUGCAGAUUCCACAGCCUGGGAGUGACAUCUGGGCUGCUUUGCCUUUCAGCAGAAGCCUCCUGGCCUCACCCCCUUGCCCUGGGGUGGUGCCUGGGAGCCUCGAGCCCCCAGGACGAUGCCGCGAGCUUUGUGUCCUAUUUGGUGUCUCCUCGCCUUGCUCUGGGAUCCUUCAUCCCCACCGAGUCUUCCCCAGCCCCUGGAUGCUUCCCAGUCCAUCCAGUUCCUCCUUCCCGGGAGCACCUGCUGCCUCUGGGGUCACAGCAGGGUGACAAGGUGUUAAUUAGAGUGUGUUCGUUAAUACGGCACCACCGGGGGUGCUGUCUGCAGGUGGGUGUUGAAGGUUCCAGAACGCCUGGAAUGGGGGGGGUUUGAUGCUCCACCAAGCCCCUGUUGUCACCCCCACCACCCCAAAACCUCAGGGCAAGGCUGCCAGGUGACCCUGAGUGUCCUCGAGGUGUCCCCGCAGUGGCUCUGCCCUGUGACACCCCCCAGCUCUUUCCUGGGAGGAUAAAAGGCUUUUCCACUUCUUUUUUUUGGGGGGAUACUUCUCCAAAGUCCUGCCCCACGUGGGCCUGAAGCUCCAGGCUGUGACCAGGGAAUGGUUUGUGCCAGCUGCCAAACCUGAGCUGCUGCUCCCAGCUGGGGGUUCAGGGGUUGUUUCUCUUCCCAGUGUCACCAGUUUGUUCCACAGCUCUGUACUGGGGAGCUGCUUUGGGUCCUGACUUCCCGAUCCAGCUGGGAAGAGCAGGGGAAGGAUGGAAAAUCCUCCAGGGGUUAUUGAGGGGGAGGAGGGAAGCUGGAGAGGAGAGGAGACCCCUUGGGGAUCGUCCCCCCUGGGCUGUGGGGUCACUCUGUGCCCCCAUCCUGGAGCUGGGUGUCCUGGGGGGACACAGGUGGCCCGUGGUGGCAGGAUUUGGGGGACAGAGGGGCCCGUGGUGGCAGGAUUUGGGGGACAGGGGGGCCCGUGGUGGCAGGAUUUGGGGACAGCCCCACGGAGGGGCCCGUGGGACGUGAGGGUGUGGGGAAGUGCAGAGGGAGGAGGAGUUGGAGCAGGAGGGGACCUGAGGGGACACUGGGUGACCUGAGAGGGACUCCGGGUGCUCUCCUGGGGAUGAGGAGGAUUUGGGGGACCUCAGAGCCCCCUCCAGGGCCAGGGGGGGGCUCGGAGCUGGAGCUCUGGGGGUGUUCACAGGAGGCCUUGGCACCCUUUGUGUGCUGCCAUCAGUGCCUGGACAGAGAAUUGUCCCCAGCAGGGUCACCCUGGCCGUGCUGGGGACCCGUGGGCGUGGGAGAGCCACGGGUCUGUGCCCUCCAGAGGGGCUGGUGGCUGCUCCAGGGCACAAAACCCCACGGGAAAUGUGGAUUAUUGUGGCUUUAGGGUGCCCUUGGGCACUGCUCAGCACGAGAUGUCUCCCCUGGCUGUGAGUAAACAGUUGUGGAUUAUAAUUACUAUUUUUUUUAAAAUCUUUUUGGGAGUUUUGUUUGUUUUUUCUUUUUUUUUUUUUUUUUUUUUUUUUUUAAUGCACUGUGCCCUGAUUAAAAAAUUUUACUACUGUUUUAUAAAUAAAUGUAUAAAAGAAUGAACUGGAAUGGAAGAAGAAUCAUUAAAAAUAUAUUUAUUUACAACAUC